UAAAAACGCUGGUGCACGAUUUUCUCUAUGGAAAUACUUAGAAUGGAGGAUGAAGUCAAAAGAAGCCGCUAAAUGCUGAGGAGUUCUCGAACCCGUGCCUGUCUGUUUGGACUGUGCUAUUUUUAAAAAGGCCGGAAACAUUAAUACGCCGUGCUGGGAAUAACCCUCUGCUCUGCUGUGGAAAAGCACAACCUCUUAAAGCAGGAUUAGGCGCGUGCUCGGAGGACGAUGGCGGGGAAGAGGAGGUGCGGCGGGGUGCUCUCGGCGCUGCUCGUGCUCUUGGUGUCUUCCUUGGCUUCUGCGCUGGAGUUUGACGGACUGCCGGGCCAGUGGGCGCGCUACGGGCGCUGGGAGGCGGGCGCCACGGGUGACCUGAGCUUCGCCAUGAAGACGAACGUGAGCCAAGCCGUCCUGCUCUACCUGGACGACGGCGGUAACUGCGACUUCUUCGAGCUGCUGGUCAGCGACGGGCGGCUGCUGUUACGCUUCGCCCUGCACUGCGGCGAGCCCGCGUCGCUGCACAUGGAGACGCGGGUCAGCGACCAUCGCUGGCACCGCGUCCACCUGACGCGCAACUACCGGCACACGACUCUGAUGGUGGACGCCGAGUCCAAGACGGCCGAGGUCAAGUCCAAACGCAAGGAGAUGGUCGUCGCUAGCGACCUGUUCGUGGGAGGGAUCCCACCCGACGUGCGCCUGUCCGCUCUGACUUCAAGCACCGUUAAGUACGAGCCGCCUUUUCGGGGGCUGCUGGCUAAUCUGAAGUUAGGGGAGGUUUCUCCCGUUCUGCUGGACAGUCAGGGUGUGAAAAACGAUCUGGAGUAUCUGUGCGCCAAGCAUAACCCGUGCAGCAAUGGAGGACGCUGUAACGUCCAGCAAGAGAACGUCCUGUGUGAGUGCACCAACACUGGAUACAAGGGGAGGUACUGCACCGAAGCCGUCCAACAAGUGUUAGAAGGUGCUACAGUAUCAGAUGAACAUAGUAAUAAUGAUGGUGGUAAUAAUGAUGAUUGUGACGGUGAUGUUGGUGAUGACGAUGGUGAUGACGAUGGUGAUGACGAUGGUGAUGACGAUAAUGGUGAUGACGAUAAUGGUGAUGAUGGUGAUGAUGAUGGUAAUGGUGAUAUUGGUGAUGACGAUGAUGGUGAUGAUAAUGGACGAGCCGAGUCAGUGGCCACGUUCAAGGGCAGCGAGUUCUUCAGCUACGACCUGUCACAGACGCCCAUCCAGAGCAGCACGGACGAGAUCACGCUCUCCUUCCGCACCCUGCAGCGCAACGGCCUCCUGCUGCACACCGGCAAGGCGGCCGACUACGUCAACCUGUCGCUGAAGAGCGGCGCCGUGUGCCUCGUCAUCAACCUGGGCUCCGGGGCCUUCGAAGCCCUGGUCGAGCCCACCGACAGCAAGUUCAACGACAACGCCUGGCACGCUGUCCGGAUCUCCCGCAACCUGCGCCAGUGGCUCAGUGGGUAG